GGGCGGGGCCUCGACGAUGAGGUCAUCGGAGUAAACAGAAAAGAUGGCGACGCCUUGCGAAGGAGAACGGGUAUUGGGAAUAAAUGCAGCUAUAGCAGAAAGCUGCGUGAAAAAACUAACGGAUUUACCGACUGAGUUGUUAGAGUACAUCCUGUGUUACCCCGUGCUGAACCACCUCGACAUUUCUAACGUGUCCUGCUGCUGCAAGCGGCUUCGUGAAGUGUGUCACAGCAGCGGGAAGGUCUGGGGACACCAGUACAAACUCAGGUGGCCUCGGCUACAGAAACUUUACCGGCAGAACGAGUCCUACGAUUGGCAGAAGGAAUUCAGGACCAGGCUCAGGGUCUGUCUACAGAUCCAGCGAACUGUCAUGUCCAUUUCCAAGAGAUUCUUCGCCGAAGUUCCUUGCGUUGGUCAGGUUUUGGGUGACAGCUUUACAGAAAUCGAGUCUCUCGGUGCACCCGAACACUUCUGCGAAGACGAGCUCGUCUCUAUUCUCAACUCAGACAGGAGGAAGAGCUUGACGUUGAAGUACUACGCCAAGAAAAUCCUCUACUUCCUGCGCCAGCAGAACAUCCUGAGGAGCCUGAAGGUCUUCCUGGAGCAGCCUCCGGAACAACAGUCCGCCCUGGAAGGUGCUGUAUUGGUGGAUCAGUAUUGUAAUCCCCUGGCUGACGUCACCCUCGAGAGUAUUUCCGCUCAGCUGGACGACAUCACAGAGAAGGUGAAGAAAUAUCUACGAGUGAAAAACGCUUCUCAUCCCAGCUUGAGAUCAGGUCAAGUUGAAGGUGACCGUGUAGUCGUGCAAGACUUCGAGCUUCAGCGCCAGGUCCUCUGUGCCCUCAAUGUGGUUCUGUACGAACAGCUGCAGUUUAAAGGCAACGAAUGCGACUACUACAACCCGAUGAACUCGUACAUGCACCAGGUGCUUCUGCGAAGGACAGGCAUUCCCAUCAGUCUCUCUGUGCUCUAUAUGACACUAGCCAGGAAGCUUGGGGUCCUACUGCAGCCGGUCAACUUCCCCAAUCACUUCCUGCUCCGCUGGUGCCAGCGCCGGACGAGCAGUGACGAUAUCUACGACUACGUUUACAUCGACGCGUUUGGGAAAGGCAAGCAGCUGACGGCGAAAGAGUGCGAGUACCUGAUCCGACAGCAGGUGACGGCAGAUUACUACAGCUCCAUCAGCACCCCCGAACUGCUCCUGCGCAUGGUGGGGAACCUGCUCAACAUCGGCAAGAGAGAAGGCAGUGAGAAGUCGUACCAGCUGCUGAGGGACUCUCUGGAUCUCUACCUCACCAUCGACCCUGAUAACGUGCAGUAUCUGCUGCUGCAGGCACGACUCUACUUCCACCUGGGCAUCUGGCCCGAGAAGGUGCUGGACAUCCUGCAGCACAUCCAGGCGUUGGAUCCGUCUCAGCACGGCGCUGUGGGUUACCUGGUGCAGCACACGCUGGAACACAUCCAACACAAGAGACACGCGGUGGAGCCCGAGGUGAAGAGGCGCGGCGCUCCUGAACACGGCCAAGUGCAGUACUCUGUAGGCCUCAUCAUGAAACACAAGAGGUGUGUGUUUAUACGGCGUCUGGGACGGCAGCCGGGGGAGAAAAGACGUGGCAGGUCGGGUUAUAACUGCGUCGUUUACGGAUGGGAUCCGAAAUGCUCGAUGAGUCCGGAGUGGAUCGCAACAAUGCGAGUGCAUCAGCUGACGCACGGCGCCGAUCAGCCGUUCUACAACGUCCUGGUGCAGGAUGGCACGUGCCGAUACGCUGCUCAGGAAAAUCUGGAGCCGCACUCUGCUCCGUUGGAAAUCAGUCACCCGGAAGUCGGUCGCUACUUCAGCGACUUCUCCGACACGCACUACGUGGCCAACGAAGAGCUCCAGAGCCAUUACCCAGAGGACACGGCGGAGACACAGAGAGCCGUACAGGAGCUUUACCCCUCACACGGCACCGACUCAGGACACGCCGCAGGGUCGACCACCGACCACGGCACCAUGACGCUUUAAACACACACCGCUCCUGUCUCACCCACUUUCAUCACUAACACCCCCAGAUCCAGAGAUCCAGCUCCUCGCUCAGAGAAACCGCCUCGAGCUCAGAGUUUAGAUUCACGUCUCAUUGCGAAGCUUCGGCGAAGAAGCUCCAGGCUCGAUCGUACUCGCCAGAGUUUACACACUCAUGUUUAUCAGGUCACGUCUCAUGGAAACGAUCCUAAUUUAUUCUAAUCGGUGAGAUUUUUCUGAUCAGUCACACACUGGUUCCCGGAAUAUGAACUAAUCCCAGGUUAGCACUUCUGCUCUAGAGUUUUAUUUUAUCUAAACACUGAUCCUGGAUCAGUCCUACAGGAUCAUUCAGUCCUUGAUUUUGUAAUCCACUCAUCCAUAUCGAGCUCGUUACUGAUCAGCACCAUCCCGAUGCUCAUGCACUUAUCAAAGAAUACAGAAUUUACCCCUUAAUUUGUUUUCUAAUAUAUUUACAAUUAAAUAAAUAGUAAACAAGAGCUUGUGAAUGCCGUCAUGUAAAUAAAUAAAAAAAUGAUGAUGAUGA